AUGUCCCUGAUCGAGAAAAUAGGCUACUUUACAAUCAUAUUUUGGGGAUGCCGAUUUGUGCGCAAGAUUAUUCACAUGUUGUACAAAACCUUUCUGUCUCCUGGUAUGCCGAUUGACUUAUACUCGAUGGGUAGAUGGGGUGUAAUAACUGGAUGCUCUCACGGUCUGGGCAAGGCGUACGCCGAAGCGCUUGCCAAAAUGGGUAUAAACGUGGUCCUUGUAAACGCAACAGGGAUUGAUAUGCUAAGAGUCAUUGCGAGUGACAUUGAAUCCAUUUACAACGUUAGGACCAAGGUAAUUGAGCUGGAUUUGUCUCAAGGUCUUCAAGCCUACGAGUUGAUAGAAAAAGAAACGUUUGGCAUGGAAGUGGGUAUCCUGAUCAAUAAUCUUGGUAAGGGCUACCCACACCCUGAGUACUUCCUUGACUUACCACACAAGGAAAAAAUCUACAUGAAUAUAAUCCAGUGCAAUGUAGUCGUCGUUACAAAUAUGUGUCGUAUUUUCCUGCCGCAAAUGGUACUGCGAGGAAGAGGCGUCAUAGUAAAUGUUGCUGCAUCAGUAGCGGUUAUGCCGAGCCCAAUGCUAACUGUUUUUGCAGCAUCAAAAGCCUACAUUUUGAAAUUCAGUAAAGACCUGAGUGCCGAAUACGCGAAACAUGGCAUUAUCAUUCAAUGUCUGCUACCCGGAAGCCUAACUAAUACAACAUCUAAAUCACCGUCCAAUGGAUGGAUCAUACCAACGCCUGACAACUAUGUCGCGAGUGCAAUCAACACUAUUGGCAAGGAUGACAACACGACUGGCUUCUUCCCGCACACAGUCGUGGUCAACCUCGUUAGAAUAGCUUACAAAUUAUCUGCUUCACUUGUUAUCAAAUUUACCACUUCCGCAAUGGAAGGUAAUCGUAGUAACGCUCUGCGAAGAUACAUUGAAUAA